AUGCAGAGUACGCCAGAAGUUCUACGCCCACCUAGCCCCUCUCGCCAUCCACGGCAGAAAAUUCCAUCUGGGACAAGGUCUGCCCCAAAAAACGAAUUCCAUCACUGCACGAUGCAAAACAACGAAAACAAGAGACUUUCCGGCAUUAGUCUGUCCCACAUGUGGUCACCAAUGUGUAUGAGUAAAUCAGGCCCAACUCUACACCGAAUGUCACGACACGGGUAUCAACCUAUUCGCGCGCACGCCAGCCAACGCGACGAAUGCGAAGAAACAGCUCUGCACCUCUUGAGUUGCCCCACUCUUCAUCCACUGCGAGUUCAAUUUGCGAUAGUUGAUGAUGUACCCCUGAUGAAACUAUGUUUUUCUAAGCGGUUAGCACAGUUCUUUAUUGCGGCGGAGUGGAACUACGCUAUGCCACAGACUUCACAACCAAGAAACCCUACGCAACCUACCUCCCCCUCUGUCAGCCCUCCCUCGCACAUUAGAACUGUCAAUACCCUCGAUUAUGGAAGACUUGAUAGAGUCGUUUGUAAGAGGCUUCUUCCGCAGACCCAAGAAGCAAGAAAAACAAAUAGGAGUUCAUUGAGCCCAAUUAAAUUCGAAAAAAAAGCAGACCUGGUCACGGGGUUUUGGACAGCAAAGCGGGAGUAA